UUUGUAGGUACAUGUUCAUUCAUAUAACACAGACAUUAAACAUUUUAAAAGAGAAUAAUCCAUAGAUACAUACAGACAAAUGAUUUCCUUUUCAUCUUAUUCUAGAAAAAUCCAAUUAGAGCGUUAAGAGUCGUAUAGCCUAAUAUCAUAUGCUUUUAUAAACCAAUUUGUUUUUCUUUUAUAAAAGUAAGUAUUAAAGAAAAAAGAAAAAAACAUUUUCAUCAGCUUCGUCUUCUCCAUUAUCUCUCUACCAAAUCUGGCAGAGAAAUAACAAAAACGAAAACCAAAAGAAGCUUAUAAUUAGAGAGAAGGAUUCUGUUUUUGUUGUUGUUGUUGUUGUAUAUGAUGAUGGAUAAGAGCUGUAACUCCUCCGGCGACUCAGCCUCCGUGAACAACAGAGACAAUCAUCACCUAAGACAACUCAACAAGCUUUCUCAUAAGAUAUCAAAACCAACAACAACCUCCUCCUCCUCCUCUUCCAUCUCCGCCGCCGUGAAUCAAGAAACUGAUCACCAGUUUCCUCAUCCGCCGCCGCAACAGCAGAUUAAUCACGGCAAUCUCCACCAGCACCAGCCACCUGUAUACAACAUCAACAAAAACGACUUCAGAGACGUGGUCCAGAAACUCACCGGCUCGCCGGCUCACGAGCGGAUCUCCUCCCCGCCGCAGCAGCCGGUUCACCACCCCAAGGCGCAGCAGAGCUCGCGUCUCCACAGGAUCCGCCCUCCUCCGCUGGCGCACGUUAUCAACCGCCCUCCUCCCUCGCUAAACAACGCCGCGCUCGUCCCUCCUCCUAGCUGGAGCGGCGGAUUCGUCGCCCCUAGACAUACGGCGCCGCUCUCUCCUCUCCCGCCGCUUCCUCCGGUCCACGCGGCGGCGGAAUCGCCGGUGUCGUCGUACAUGCGGUACCUUCAGAACUCGAUGUUCGCGGUGGAGUCGAAUCGGAGAGAGUUCUCUGGCUUAUCGCCGUUAGCUCCUUUGGUGUCGCCUCGUUGGUACCAGCAGCAGCAGGAAAACGCUCCGCCGCCGGUAAACAGCGGUCGUCCUCCUCCGGGAACAGUCUCGCAAGCUCCGCCGCAAUCGUUGGGGUGUUUAAGUUCGCCUAAAUCGCCGUACGGAUUGCUCUCGCCGAGCUUGCUUUUAUCGCCGACGUCAGGUCAGUUAGGGUUUCCGGCGUCGCCGACGACGGUGCCGCUUCCUAGCCCUAAAUAGAAGAAGAGUCACUGAUCAGAAGAUUAUGAAAAACGGCGUCGUUUGAGCGCGCGUCGAGAUGAUUCACUUUGUUCUUUUUGUACAUCAUUAGUGGUGGAUGAAUUGUUUUCCUUUUUUUUUUUGAAAAAAAAAACUCUAAUUACUUUUAAAUCAUGUUUUUUUUUUUACUUUCUUUUAUUCCCAUGUUUGUUCAUGUUAGAAGAAACAAAGAUUAGGAAAAAGAAAGGAAUACACUUUUGCAAAUCAUAUAUCUUCUUAUUUA